AUGAUAAAAUAAAAACAAUAUUUUUAAGAUCUUUUAGAAUUUUAAAACUCUUAACUUUAGUAUCAUUAGGUUCUCCAUAUUGUUCAAAGACCUAAUUAAAUUAAUGAUAGAAGUUAAUCAAGCUUAGGUUAUGCUUUAGUAAAGUGUUCUAGUCUCUCAAAGUUGACACUUGAACUCUAGUCUAAUUAAAUUAACGAUGAAGGUAUAUCAAGCUUAGGUUCUGCUUUAGAAAAGUGCACUAACCUUUCAAAUUUGACACUUCAUCUUAGUAGAAAUUAAAUUGGUGCAAUCGGCUCAUUAAACUUAGGUUCUUGUUUAGAAAAGUAUAACAAUCUCUCAAAAUUGACACUUGAUCUUUUCUACAAUAAAAUCGGUGAUGAAGGUGCAUUAAGCUUAGGUUUUUGGUUAGGAAAGUGCACUAAUCUCUCAAAUCUGACACUUGAUCUUGGUUACAAUAAAAUUGGUGACGAAGGUGCCUUAGGCUUAGGCUCUGGCUUAGGAAAGUGCACUAAUCUCUCAAAUUUGAAGCUUGAUCUUAAUUCCAAUUAAAUUGGUGAUGAAAGUGCAUCAGGCUUAGGUUUUGCUAUAGGAAAUUGCAUUAAUCUCUAAAAUUUGACACUUGGUCUUUUUUCGAAUAAAAUCGGUGAUAAAGGCUCUUCUGGCAUAGGCUCUACUUUAGUACUGUGCACUAAUCUCUCAAAUUUGACAAUUGAUCUUAGUUACAAUAAAAUUAAUGGUGAAGGUGCAUCGGGUUUAGGCUCUGCUUUAGCAAAUUGCACUAAUCUCUCAGAUUUGACACUUAAUCUUUCCUCUAAUUUCAUAGGUAGUGCAGGUGCAUCAGGCUUAGGUUCUGUUCUAAAAAAUGGUUAUAAUCUCUCAAAAUUAACAUUUGAUCUUUGUUCCAAUUUUAUUGGUGAUGAAGGUUCAUCAGGCUUAGGUUCUGCUUUAGCAAAAUGCAUUAAUCUCUCAAAAUUGACACUUAAUUUAUUGGAAAAUUAAAUUAAUGACAAAGGUGCAAUCGGCCUGGGUUUUGGUUUAGAAAAGUGCACUAAUCUCUCAAAUUUGACUCUAAAUCUUGAAUGUAAUUAAAUUCGUGUUGAAGGUGUAUCAAGCUUAGGUUGUGCUUUAUCAAAAUGCACUAAUCUCUAAAACUUGGCAUUUAAUCUUUUUGGAAAUUAAAUUGGUAAUUAAGGUUCUUAAAGCUUAGGUUCUACUAUAUCAAAGUGCUCUAAUCUCUAAAAGUUAACACUUAAUCUAAGGUAGAAGCAGUUUAUUUGUUUUCGAUGUGAUAUUUUUAAAUCAAAAAAUAGAUUUAAAAUAAUCAAUUUUUUUUUGGAUUUAUUUAUUUAAAAUUUUUUAUUUGAUUUAUUUUUCUUUUUUACAAUAUUUUUUCUUCUUCUUUAUUUGCCAAUUUAAGCAAUUUUUACAUUUUUAACUUUUGGUUUAAUUAUAAGUUUUUUUAAUUAUUUAUUUAUUGAUUAGGUUUUUAUUAGAUUUAUUUUAUCUUUUUUAUUCUGCUUAUAUUAUUUUAUAUUAAUUGAUUUUAAAUAUAAAUUUUAAUUUCACACAUUAUUCUGAAUUUUUUUAACCAUUUUGAUUAAUUUAUAUUAUAAGUGAAAACAUAAUCAGUAGAUCAGAGCAGUUGAAAAUAAAGAAAAAAUGUCUUAAAUAAAAAAGAUUAGUAGACUUAAAUAUUUAAUUAAAUUAUUGAAAAUAAGCUUAUGGUCAAAAUAGAUCAAAUAAAAUAUUUGAAUAAUAAAUAUUAAUAUAUAUUUUUUAUAUGAUAAUAUUUUGUAAUAGAAUAAUUUAACCUAAAAUAUAGAUAGAUAGAUUUAUGAUUAUCAUUAUAUUUAUAUAUUUUGGUAAAUUAAUAAAUAACUCAUUAAAUAAAUCUGAAAAUAACCCUAAAUUUGUCAAA